GUAUGCUUUGAGUAGAUUUCAUUGUUUUCGAAAUGUCUUCCGAUAAAGUUUUGUUCCAAAAUGAAAAACUCAAAUUAUCCGUAUCAAAAUUCGGUCACUUGAAAGGGCCAGCUGAGAGCACCGACGAGUCAAAGGACACGUACGUCAUCCACAAGUACACCUGGCAAACGGCCAACCACUUCCAGCUGGAAGUGAUCACCCUCGAUGCCGCCAUAGUUAGUUUGCAAAUUCCCAACCGGAAUUUGGAGCAGGAGGAAACUAUCCUGGGCUGUGGAGAUCUGCGAGCCUAUCAGUACUACCAUGAUCAGAAGCUCACAUCUUCGGUUCAAUCAGCGGUGCUGCGGAAAUGUACCGAGCUUCGGCAACGAAUAUGGACCACGUUCGUUAGCGGGCCGGAAGUGAUAUUCAUCAAUGUUUUGCGGGAUCGAGAAAGAAACUUGAUCAUGCGUGUGCGGUUCCAGGUGACGUUCAACAACUUCGUUAAAAUUGGCUACGAGAUAGUGAGCGAUCGUAUUCAAUCGUUGGAGCUCAAUCAUCGAUUUGUGCUGAAUUUAGGCGGGUAUAAGGCUGCGUCUUGCGGGACCUACGACCAUGUGGUGCAAGCGGACGCUAUUGGAUUCUAUCCGGUGAAAAAGGAUCACUUCCGGCAAGGCCCCGGGAAAAAUAUGAGUGAAGAUUUAGCUGAUUUAAGGGUAGCUCAACAUGUGGGAAUGGCAAUCUACGGAUCGGACAAGGAAGGAUUCAACGGGCUGUACAGGCUGAGAAAUGUGGCUGAAGAAGAGUUUAAUUUGCGAUUGAUACAUGUGAGGACGGGACGAGUUUUGGAGGUAUAUUCUGAUUUCGAGUGGAUGCGUCUAUCGUCUUUGAAUGACCUACCGGAUCCUUGCGGAACCAUUGUGCCAUUUUAUGCUUGUAUGGGGGUAAAGGAUAUUGCCCAAAUAUUUGACUUUAGAGGACUAGUGGACGGAAUUGUGCACACUAUUGAAGGAGAUGAUGUGGAACCUUCGGAAUCUUCGCCUUCAAUUUCAUCGGGAACUAUUGACGAAUCUGAAAUACGGGUGCUAAUAGACGAUGUGCUGUUAAGGAAUAUUGAACACAAGGUUCGUGAGCUGAGAGAAGCGCGUAUUUUGAGACCUCACGAAGCUAGACGAAUUCUCGCAGAUCUUCUGAUGAUAAGUCUGGAUAAAGUUAGCGAAUCGACAACGGAUUCGAUGAAGGAUGUUAUAAUUGGAAAUAUGGUUGAAAGCCUCGUCACUCGUACAAUGGAUGGUGAAUUAGCUCAAACGGUGAUCGAUGAACUCAUCGAUGGUGUUGUAUGCUCGAUAAGCCCUAGUCAACUUAGUGCAAUCCAAUCUCAAACAACCGUAGGAUCACCUGUACAAAAAACAGCUUCCUUAGAAGAGGAAGAAGAGCCCCUGGAGCCGCUCCAUGAAUACGAGAAACAUUCCGGUCUGCUUUUACAAUUUUCAAAGACGCCAUUCCUGAAGCCAUGCAAUGCGAAAAGUAUCUUUUCCAAAAUCAAUCACCACCGCAAUACGGGAAUGUUGUUCCAGAACAGUGUCCUUUUGAAGUUUGGCCUCUGUAAAAUGCCCUCCAACUGAGCCAAUUAAUAAAUCUCCUUUACCAUUGAAUAAGAAAUAUAUUUGAAAAUGUUUACCAGAACUUUGUUAACCUUUGUUCGGCAUAUUGAUUGAAGGCUUUUCCCCAUUCCGCAAAUAAAGCACAGAUAUCGCAUAUUGAGUUUGGUUCGAAACUCGGUUUGGCAGAGCUUUUCAAUAUUGAACGUAUCCUAAGCAAAUAUUGAAAAGCGCAUAUUGAGCGGAAAUGCGGCAUUUUCCUGUACACAAUCGCUCGAAAUGAAGACCCGGAACGCUUUGAACUAGAGUGGGAUUAUGUGUGCAAGUUUCGGCAUGCAACGAAAACCAAUCAUAGAGUAGUACAACUUCUAUUCUCAAUCUACAACACAUCAUCAUCAUCAUCGCCACCGCCAUCAUCGUGCUCUAUUGAUGAAAUCCGAUCCGGUUGCCUGUAUCAAUAUCGGUGUAGAACGGGAAUGUUAGAAUUGGAAUCGCUUUUGUAUACUAACUG